GCGCACUUCUGCCACGGAAUCCCAAAUCCGGAGACGCCGAACUUCCCGGUGCAGCAGUAUCUGGACCACAUCAAGGAAGAAAUGGAUGCCUUCGGUCCAGACGUGGUUUGUGCAGCAUCGAAAGGAGGUGUCUACCUCAUCGGCCUGUGGCAGACGGGCCUCUGGCGUGGUCCCAGUCUCUUGAUCAAUGCCCACCCGUCGUGCAAAGAGUUGCCGCAGGGACUGCCAGUCGUGCUCGCGCAGGGAGGAAAUGAUGAGGUCUACCCGACUUCGCGAGCCGAUCUCGAGCGGCUGAUCUCCACGGGUACGGACAACAAGUGCUUCCUGCCGGAGCCUCGGGCUUUGGAGCAUUGUGCGAGGUACUAUGUCGCCAACAGCGGACCUAUGGCCUCUGGACAGCGUACGCGUAUCGGUGACCGCCACAACAUGGAGCUGGCGACCGAGAAGCAAUGA